CCGGCUUAGUGGAGGAAGUGUCGGGGUGGACACGGGCGUUGUCCUUGGCUGGCGAGAGUGUCGGGGUGCUGGCCUCUGGCCCUGGUGGCGCCACUACUGUCUUCGGAAAGAUUCCCGGCAAGGCGUUUCUCUGGUAUCGUCAGCGACGAGGACGAGGAGUGCCGUACGUUCCAUGAUCUUUUGCCCCUAGACGGGACGCUUUUCCUAGUCAUGCCUAAAGAGCCAAUUAUCGAGUUGUCUGAAGCAGGAGGUUCUGGUGAAUCUUGCCGUACGUUCCAUGAUCUUUUGCCCCUAGACGGGACGCUUUUCCUAGUCAUGCCUAAAGAGCCAAUUAUCGAGUUGUCUGAAGCAGGAGGUUCUGGUGAAUCUUGCCGUACGUUCCAUGAUCUUUUGCCCCUAGACGGGACGCUUUUCCUAGUCAUGCCUAAAGAGCCAAUUAUCGAGUUGUCUGAAGCAGGAGGUUCUGGUGAAUCUUGCCGUACGUUCCAUGAUCUUUUGCCCCUAGACGGGACGCUUUUCCUAGUCAUGCCUAAAGAGCCAAUUAUCGAGUUGUCUGAAGCAGGAGGUUCUGGUGAAUCUUGCCGUACGUUCCAUGAUCUUUUGCCCCUAGACGGGACGCUUUUCCUAGUCAUGCCUAAAGAGCCAAUUAUCGAGUUGUCUGAAGCAGGAGGUUCUGGUGAAUCUCUUCUUGGGCAUGUAAUGAUUGUUGGCAAGAUGUGUGUUGCUCACCUGGGCCUGACCAAUGGAUUCCGGAUGGUUGUGGAUGAAGGGCCCGAGGGUGGGCAGUCUGUCUAUCGCAUACAUCUACCCGUUCUGGGUGGCCGUCAGUUGGGCUGGCCGCCGGGCUAAGAUUUUGGCACCGCAAGAGUUGCUGCAAGCGUACAAAUCGCCACUGAAUGGAUUUCAUCUGUUGCCCAUCAAUGUAGCGGCUUUUGACGUGUAAUAUUUUUUUUGCCGUGUGUCUGUGGAAGGUAAUAAAAGCUUUGAGCAGCAGUUGCACAAUAAAGAUUUGUCAUGGGGAUAUCA